AUGGCCACUGCCCUCAAGGAGCUGAUCCACACUGCGCUGUUCCUUCCGGUCUAUCUGGCAGCCGUGAUGGUGAAUCUCUUCAUCAUUGCUGUAAACACCCUUGACCGGAAGUUCCACACCCCCAUGUACUUGUUCCUCAAGAACCUGCCCAUCUUUGACCUCGCAUACAUCUCCGUCGCACUGAUCCACACUGAGCUGUUCUUUCUCUUCUAUCUGGCAGUCAUAAUGGGGAAUCUCCUCAUCAUUGCCGUCACCACCCUUGACUGGCACUUCCACACACCCAUGUACUUCUUCCUCAAGAACCUGUCCAUUCUGGACCUCGGCUGCAUCACUGUUACAGUCCCCAAAUCCAUCUUCAAUUCCCUCACAAAUGUCAACUACAUCAUUCUGCUGGGCUGGGAUUACGAGUUCUUCUGUCACAGUGCCCAGUUGCUUGCAUAUUCCAUUGACUAUGGCCCAGAAGAUAUGAGUUUAGCCAUCAGCAUUUGCUUAGCUUUCUUCUGCUUCGGGCUCAUCGUGAGCUCCUACAUCCGCAUCUUUUCAGCCAUGCUGAGGAUGUCAUCGGCGGAGGGUAGCUCCAAGGCCUUCUCCACCUGCCUACCCCACCUGUUCGUCGUCACUCUGUUUCUCACGUCUGGCUUCUCUGCCUAA